AUCUUGGGUUUGAAGUCCAGUGGUAUAUUACGCAGGUACGUAUACUUCGCUCUCACUUCUGCAAACGUCGAAGCGCGUGUAGAAGAUGUGAUUACCGUAAGUCCGUUCUGAUUUCUAUCUCCGAGCUACUAGUUCCGUCAUAAGCAUCCACGUUUUGAAGUAUACGCAAUGAUUGAGAACGUUUCGCUGGGGGAUGUAUGAAGCUAGACCAUUACUCAAGACGCCAAACCUUGUUCUCUUCUCUCGACGCUUUUCAAGGACGCAUCAGUCACCUAGUCUAUUCAUAUCCGCAACACCCUCAACUCUCAUCAAACAUCCCUCCCCAUCAUCCCCCACCAUGUCCUCCCCAUCCCCCCUCAACACCAAACUCCUCGCCCCCUCCCUCGGCCACCCCCUAACCACCACCACCGCGCCCUUCCCCGCUCCCCCCUCCCCCACCGACGUAACCAUCCACCUCCACGCCAUCGCCCUCAACCCCGCCGACGCCAAAAUGCUCGACACGGGCGCCCGCGCCGCCUCCUGGCCCCUAGUCCCAGGCCUUGACGGCGCCGGCACCAUCACCGCCGUCGGGUCCGCCGUGACGCGCUUCGCGCCCGGCGACGCGGUGCUCGCGCUCUUCACGCCCGGCGACGGCGGCGCCGCGUGGCAGACGUACGCCGUCGUGCCCGAAGCUUGCGUCGCGCGGAAACCCGCGGGGUGGAGCUGGGAGCAGGCGGCCGGGGUGGGCGUGUGCUACCUGACGGCGGUGGUGGGGGUCGGGGUGGGGCUGGGGAUGGCGCUGCCGUUUCUGCGCGGCGGGGCGACCGAGGGGGUGGUGGAGGUGGCGAGCGUGCUGGUGCUCGGGGGCAGUUCCGGGGUGGGCGCGGCGGCGGUGCAGGUGCUGAGGCUGGCGAGGCCGGGGGUUCGGGUGCUGGCGACGAGUUCGCCGAGGCAUCAUGCGCAUUUGAGGGCGCUGGGGGUGGAGGGGGUGGUGAAUCGGGCGUCGGGGUCGUUGGUGGAGGAUGUUAGGGCGGCGAGCCCGGGCGGGAGGGGGGUGGAUGCGGUUUUUGAUGCUGUGGGGGCCGGGGCGACGCAGCGGGAUGUUUUUGAGGCGUUUGGCGCGGAUGGGCCGAAGCGGUAUGCGCAGGUGUGGACGGGGGAUGAGGAGAUUGAGGUUCCUGAGGGGGUGGAGUCGGUCUUGUUUAGGUCAAGAGAUUUGCCGAAGUUGAAUGGGAGCGAGAAUGUGAUGGUGGCGUUGGAGACGCUGUUGGAGGAGGGGAGGUAUAAGCUCCCGCUGCCGGUGAAGAUAGUAGGAGAGGGAUGGGAGGCUGUGGAAAAGGGGCUGGAGGGCAUUAGGAAAGGGGUUAGUGGGGAGAAGUUGGUUGUUAGGGUGUAGGUUUGUUUGAACGGUAUGAAGAGAGGUUGAUACAAGAAAAGGGCAUAUGUACGGUGUGUAAAGCUAUAUCUCCAUUGUCUAAGAGAACUUACCACUAGACUUUACUAUAAUUGACGCAUAGUUCGAUAUAUAGUGACAGGUCAUAAGUCUGUGCACACGCAUUUACCACUGUUUG